GAAACGAAUUGGAAUUUUCGUUUACCUCAUAGUGCUAAGUGAUAAUUUAGUGCUAAUAAAAUACUAUAAUUGUCGUAUUUUGUUUCCUACCUGAUUUUGGUCAAUCAUAGAAAUUAACAGAAGUUGAGGUAAAAAAAAGUACUACAAAAUGUGUUAUUACGAGAAAAAACUCAAUACAGCAUUACAAAACUUUAAAGAGACUACUGAUGAUUUUAUCUUCUAUGAGGAUCCUCCUUCAGUAUUUUCGUUGAACAGCGUUUUUUGCGAGAAUACCCUCGAGUUUUAUAGAGAUUAUGUGGCAAAAGGAAUUCCAUUACUAUUAAAAGGAGCUUGUCAAAAUUGGAAUUCAACAUUAAAAUGGAGUAUGGAUUAUUUCAUGAAAGCAUUACCUGAAAAAAUAGUUAGAGUUGAUGUUACUCCAAACGGCUUAGCAGAUGGGAUUGCCACAAGAAAUAAAGAUGGCAAGGAAGAGGACUUUUUUAUGUUACCAGAAGAACAAAAGAUGACUAUGAAAGAAUUUAUUGAAAAUCUACAAAACCCAAAAGAUAAUUAUGUUUGUUACAUACAAAGUCAGAAUUCAAAUUUUUAUACUGAUUAUGAUGAGCUGCAUACUGAUAUAGAUUUAACUGUGGAUUGGGCUGACAGGUUAUUUGAUAAGGUACCAGAUGCCAUUAAUUUUUGGAUGGGAGAUAGUCGUGCAGUAACUAGUAUGCAUAAAGAUCCUUAUGAAAAUGUAUACUUUGUAAUUGAUGGAUACAAGGAUUUUAUUCUUAUUCCUCCAACUGAAUUACCCUUUGUACCUUAUGAACAAUAUCCCAUUGGACAGUAUAAAAAUGUGACACCUGCAGGGUAUGAAAUGGAACCACAAUAUGAAGAUAGUAAAAAAAAUAUGAUCAAUUCAGAAAUUGAUAAUAGCCAAGAAAGUAAAUGCAAAGGGGAUUGCCAUAUAACAAAGCCAAAAAGGUCAAAAGUUAGUCCUUACAAGACACAGCCAUGGGUAGCCAUCGAUCCACUUAAUCCAGACCUCAAAAAAUAUCCCGAAUUUGCGAGAGCUAAAGUUUUACAUGCGAGGGUAUCUAAAGGAGAUUGUUUGUAUUUACCACCACUUUGGUUUCAUCAUGUUAGACAAAGUCAUGGUUGUAUUGCAAUUAACUAUUGGUAUGAUAUGGAUUAUGAUAUUAAAUAUUGCUGCUAUGAAUUACUGAAGGACCUAUGUACUAUUUGAUGGACAUAAAUAGAA